CGGGUCACGUGGUCCCGUCUGCGGGAGACCUGUGGUCUAAUGUUACUCAAAUGGGAGAAAGAAAGGAAAAGAAAAGGGAGGAAACAAGGUGGCUCCUUGGCACACUGUACGUUCAUACAAGGUUUGCAUUCUGACCUGCAAGCCAAUGUAAGUCGUGUUGAGUGACUGCGUGUGAAAGAGGUAGCUAUUCAAGCACAGGACCAUCACCUUACUCAUGUCAUAUGAAGACGACUUUUAUGGGCACAGUGACCGUGUCCACCAAGCGCCCUACUAUGACCAGGUUCCCCAAGGGACUUUACCCAGAGAAGACUCCUAUAAUCCUCAGCCCCUGAGAGAGCAGAGGGCAGGUCACCUCGCUAAGAGUGCUGACCCCCUACCACCCCCUCCUCUGCCAGACCAGCCACCCGUGGGGCCCAAGUUUGACCCCAGUGGCAGCGAGGACAACGCGGAUCCAGACCCCGACCCUGCCUUGGACAUCAAACCCGUCCACCGCUUUAUCCCCGACUCCUGGAAGAACUUCUUCAGAGGAAGUGGCCGGAGCAGUAACAAACCCUGGUCCAUGCCUGCCUCCUCAUUUAACAACAACAACAGCAGCAGCAACGGGGUGCGCUGCUCUCCUCCGCACUCGCCCUCUGCUCCCGGAUCCUACCACGAUCCCUAUGGAGGGUCCGGGAGCAGCUACAACUCCCGCAAAGAGCUGUUGGAAGUCCGGGAGCCCCAUGAGUCCAUUUCAGGGCGCACCCACCACACGGGUUUGACCUAUAGUGAGCGAGUGGAGGAGUACCAUCAGCGCUACGCCUACAUGAAGUCCUGGGCUGGGCUGCUGAGGAUUCUGGGGUGCAUUGAGCUACUCCUGGGAGCGGCGGUAUUUGCCUGCGUCUGUGCUUAUAUUCACAAGGACAACGAGUGGUUCAACAUGAUGGGGUACUCCUCUCCUGGGGGAAGUUAUGGGACUUUUGGAGGAGGGAUGUACGGCGGGGCCUACUACACAGGUCCUAAGACUCCAUUUGUGUUGGUGGUGGCAGGACUGGUCUGGCUGGUGACUGUGAUAAUACUAGUCCUUGGGAUGACCAUGUACUACCGCACCAUCCUCUUGGACUCAUCCUGGUGGCCGCUGACUGAGUUUACCAUAAACCUCGCCAUGGCGGUGCUAUACAUGGCGGCAGGAAUUGUGUAUGUCCGCGACACAACCCGCGGGGGUCUCUGUUCCUACCCUAUGUUCAACAAUGCCAUAAAUGCGGUAUUCUGUCGAACUGAGGCCGGCCAGAUUGCUGCCAUUAUUUUCCUCUUUGUCACCAUGGUGGUGUAUCUGAUAGGAGCCAUGGUGUGUUUGAAGCUGUGGAGGCACGAAGCCGCACGCAAAUAUCGGGAGCAGUACAGCCAGGAGAUGCAGGCAGCAGACAUUCAAGGUGCACAGUCCUUGAUGGCUCCGGCUCGCAAACCCAAGGCUCCAGAGCCGAUCCACGACUCUACAGUGAUUCCUAUUCAAGCUGCUCCAAAGCCCGGACCUCCUAAAGUUUUGAAGGGAGCCAUACCAUCUGGACAUAUUCCAAAGCCUGUUAUCAUGCCUGACUACAUUGCUAAGUAUCCAGCCAUCCGGUCUGAUGAUGAACGGGACCAGUACCGCGCUGUGUUUAAUGACCAGUACGCUGAAUACAAAGAGCUCCACUCUGAGGUGCAGGCUACUCUCAAGAAGUUUGAGGAGAUGGACGCCAUGAUGCAGAGUCUUCCUCAGCACCCGAGCAGCCAAAUGGAGUUCGAUCGCAUUAACAGAAUCCUUCAGGAGUACCAGAAGAAGAAAAACGAUCCCACUUUUCUUGAGAAGAAGGAGCGCUGUGAGUACCUGAAGAACAAACUCUCGCACAUCAAACAGAGGAUCCAACAAUAUGAUAAAGUCAUGGAGUGGAAUGACGGCUACAGCUAAACUACUGCUGCUCCUCUGCCUUGGGAGGCCACUCAAAAGACAUUCAGGUGGAGGAAUACUGUGGGAACCACUGGACUAGAACCACAGCAGGCGGAUAGUAGUGAGAAGUUGUAUUGGCACUGAUCUUUCCAGUCUGUGUUGUCUGUCACAUCUGCACAGCGGUUACGUAGCUGUCAGCAGUUUAGUGUGUGUGUGUGUGUGUGUAUUUAUGUGUGUGCGUGCCUGUGAGCAUGCACACUGCAACCAAAGGGGGAAAUGUGUUUACUUUUCUACUUAAAAUGGUCUGAAUAUGCAAAAGAUGCAAUGUGUGUGUGUGAUACUGUGACUGUGUUUGUACCUGGGGCUCACUACUUCAUUUCAUGAAUAACACUGGGAUCUGACCUGAAUGUUUCCUGUUAUCAGCCUUAAGGAGUGAGACGCCUGCAUAUUUUUCUUUGUUUCUUAACCAAAAUAAAAUGGUUAAGAACCAAACCAAAAUGAAAUAACUCGUAAUUUAACAUUUUUUCUUCCUCCUGUCUAUGUACUUAAGUCUUCAGGUUUAUUUAAUUUGCCUGCACAAGCUUUACAGCUACUGACGUACAGCUCAUGAAAGGUUCACAUCCCAGCCGAAUCACUGAACUGCCGUUAAGAUUGUUUUGAUUGCACAUGAUGAUUUUAUGUUUAACUGUUUGACAGAUGUCUGAAUUGAGAACUAUGCAUUUCCCACAGGGGUGAUAAUGGCAUUACUAAGUAAUUGUCAACAGGUAAUGUGUGUUUUUUAAUGCUUACUACUGACUUUGUUCUACCAUUUCAUAAACAUUUUAUAAUUGUACUCACUUUCAACUUAUGUUUUAAUAUUUUAGUGCCUUACUAUGUAAGCCUUAUGCCUUAACAUAUUCAUUUGAUCCUCCUUAUACCACUUUGUUACCAUGUAAUGUCUUAAAAUACAGCUGAUAGUUAACGCUCUUUAUUAAUUGAUCACUAUCACAAGUUCUACAUCCUUCUGACUUUUAUGUUACCAAAUAUAAUUGUAAAUACAUGGCUGUGUCCAUUUUUUAAAAAAUAAAUUAAUUAAUAAAACUG